AUGUCCAUCCAUAAUCCGGCCUCCACAUCGCCCCACUCCGUCACCACAGUCGGCACACCCCACUCACUCACUGGCCUCACCCCUUCCCAUCCUUCUCACCUUUCGCACCCCGCUAAUGUCCCCAUUCAAACACUUGGCGUCCAUCGACUCUCCGGGUCUCCCGCCUCACCAGAAUCGGGCCUCUUAACCCAAGGCAUGGGAAUGGGAAUGGGCGUAGGAGGCCAGAUGGGGAUGCACAUGGCCAAAAGGCAACGGACGGAUGCCUACGACCCAUCAUCUACCAGUCCCCAGAGUAUGAAUGGUCAAAACGUAGUGGUGAAAACGAACGGCCUCACACCAGAGGGAAUGGCAAUGCAGGGUGUGCAGAUGCACGCGUUCUCUCCGACCCAGCCACAGGGGAUGCAGACCCUUUCACCCGCAUCCCACCAGACUCAGCAACAGCAGCCUGGCCAGUCUUCGUCCCAGUCACAACCUGGUCAUCAUAGGCCCCCACCCCCACCCCCACCAAUCAACACCGGCCAUGGGAGCCACACGUCUCAAUGGGCUGCCCAGGGAAUCCCGCCCGGACAUAUUCCCAAGAGGGGAAGUAGGGCGUGCACGGCCUGCAGGAAGGGAAAGAAUAGGUGUGAGGGUGAGAACCCCUGCCGGAGAUGCCAGAUCAACGGCACCGUCUGCGUAUUCGAAAAGCCGGAUCGGAAGAAUACACCCAGUCAAAACUCGGCCCUCGCUGCUGUUACACCUGCUAUUGAACGCGUCUCACGUCUCGAAGGCCAGAUCUUGAUGAUGCAAGGGCAGUUCAUGGGCAUGCAGUCCUCUUUAGAUCGGAUCUUGCAAGCCAUCGCUCCUGGUACCCCCAGUGCUGGUGCAUCUAUAGCGACACCUUUGACUCCCGUUGCCCCUCAAGGCUCGCAGAUGAUGGUGGGAGGCAUGCCCCUCUUGCAACAGGGCCAGCAGGUUCAACAGAUGGGCAUGCAAUUCGCCCAGCCCGUCCCUCAGCAGCCACAGAUCCCCUUCCCUCAACAUGUGCAUAUGUCCUCGGCGCUUUCUCAGUCCUCACACGGAGCUGGCGGGAGCGUCAUUGGUGGAGGCUCCGUUGCGGGCGGUGGCCCGGGGUCCGUGGCAGGUGGGAGCGUCUUGCUCCACCGUCCACCUAGCAGCAAUUCUUCCCAUGCACCUAGCAUGGGGGACAUGCAAUACUACUCCACUGCGAUGUCGCAGGCACAUUCCCACUCACAUGCACAUUCGCACUCUCACUCCCACCUAUCCCAGGUAGGACAGGUGGGCCAGAUGCAGGUGCAGGGUGUACAGGGGGGAGUACAGGUCGCGAUGAGCGUGACAGAUGCGGGUAGUGUGAGAAUAGGGGAGAGCCCGUCGGAGGUUAAGAGGGGAAAGUUUCCACUCCUGCCGGGGUUCGCGCCGCCGCCUCAUAAGUUCGCAACGUACGGCAUUGUACCUUCUACCGCUCCGUCCUCAGACGAUGAAUCAGAGGACACGCUCCCGCGGGCUUCCUUGACCGCGCCGAUUGAGGCCCUCCAGGGACUAGCGAACGCCGCGGCUGAGGCGGCGGCGCAAUCAGAGAGUAGUCACAUGCGCAACGGCAAUCAGUCGAGAAAGAAAAGAAGACGCGUGGAGCCCAUUCCGUUGAAUUUUUUCCCUCACGUGUUGACCAAGGGCCUACUGAAAGAAGAUGAAGCGCGGGAACUGUACACUAUCUUCUUUUCUGGAUGUCACCUGUAUAUUCCCAUCUUCGACACCUCGUACGAUACAUUUGAAGGCCUAGCCGACCGGACUCCUUGGUGCUUUGACUCCAUCCUAGCUGUUGCCGCCCGGAUUCGAGCCGGGAACAACCCUCCUGACCAGGCCUUCUACACCUGCCUAGAGGAGGCACAAGGGAUCGCACGCUCAACCCUAUUCGGACCCGUUGUGCGCAAAGAAGCCGUGCAAGCGAUGUUUGUACUCGCUGCGUGGAGCCAGAGCGCAUGGCUCCCAGCGGGACACGCGGUCCGCAUGGCCCUCGAUCUAGGCCUACACCGCGCCCUCGACAAGCUUGCGGAGCACUCUGUCCAGACUGGCAGGCAAUUCACAGACGAGGAGGAACGUGACUUGGUUAUCUCGGCGCGUAUUUGGUGUGGUCUGUACUGGUACGACCACCAGAUGUCCCUCGGUACUGGGAGGCCUAUUAUCCUUCGGGACGAUAGCUCGGUGCACCACUGCCGACUGCUCCUAAACCACCGGUACUCGACCGUCACGGACCUACGCCUCAUCUCCAUGGUCGAGCUGAUCCGUAAGAAACACCAGAUCAAUGACACUCUGCAGCAGAUGGACGGGCGUAUCGACCGGAGCACACUUUCCUUUGUCGAGAACGCGAACCGUGUGCUGGACCUCUGGUGGCAAGAAGCAGACGAGCUGCAUAAGGGUCGUCUAGAUGAAGAGAGCUUGUUGCGGAAAAUGCUCACCUCGGAGCUCUGGUAUGCCAAGCUGUGGCUCAUUUGUACCAUCUUGAGGGGCGUGUCCUGGGACAAGAUGACGUACGAACAGAAGGAGCUCGCCUUCCAGGCCAGACAGGCUGCGUCGAACUGUUUGACGACAUUCUUGACGUCCGAGGCGUACAAAAUGUCUCUUCAGUAUGCGGUGCAGGACAUUCUGGUGACGGCUGCAUUUUCGGCGCUUUUUCUUCUCAAGAUGGCCAACAUCUUCCCCGUCGAAGUCGAUAUUGCCACCAUCAUGUCCCAAGUAGCACAGCUCGCCCAGCUCCUGCAGGACGCGGCGUCGGACCGAUAUGCGCUCACCCUUCGUCUCAUGCUGUCAAAGCUGCGGCGAAAGAUGGGUCUUGCGAGUGGUACAGUGACCUCCAUGCCAUCGCCGAACAGCAUGUCAGUGCCGUUACCGUUCGACUCUUCGGCGAACUCGCAGUCAACUAAUGGAGCGUUGCCCACGAUAGAUGAGCCCGGGCUGAAUGGGUUUUAUGACGAUAUGUUCAAUAGCACGAGCUUGCCGACAUGGCUUCAAGGGACCGACCUCGGCUUCCCUGGAAAUCUUUCUGACGAUCUCUUCCUCCCAAUGGGCGGUGGCGCCCCUAUGUGGGGCGGAGGAACCGCUGACAUCUCUUUCCCCACCGCGUGGUAAUUACACCCAUAUACCCCUCCGCUAAUGUCACAC